AUGUCGACUAUAAACGACUCGACGAGUGAAGGCACAGUUCUCGUGCACCCUGAUCUGGAUGCGAUGGAGUCAACGCGUAAUGAGCUACAUCUCGGUAAUUCGCAUAAGGGAGGGCUGUCAGACAUAUCGACGAUUUCCUCAAUUGUUUCAACUCAGAGUGAGACUAUUGGCAGUGCAGAACAGCAUCAUCUUAAGGUUUACCUAAGGGUCAGGCCAUUUUCCAAAGACGAGAUAUCUAACGAUGAAGAUCAGGGUUGUGUAGUUUUGGAAAAUGCCCAAACUGCCUUGUUGCAAGCUCCAAAGGGAUCAGCAACUCUGAAGAGCUGUGAGAAAGGCAUUGGGCAGGCUUUGCAUAAGUUCACCUUCUCCCAGAUCUUUGGUCCUGAGACUGACCAAGCCAGCUUUUUUGGAAGCACUAUAAAAAGCCAAGUGCAGGAUUUCCUAGAAGGCAAGAAUGCCCUCAUCUUCACAUAUGGAGUGACAAAUGCAGGCAAAACCCACACAAUUCAGGGUUCUCACAAGGAUCCUGGUCUAUUACCCCGAGCAAUCAAUGUGAUCUUCGAGCAUAUUAAAGGGAAGCAGUAUGAUCAAAUGGAUCUGAAACCAUAUCUCAGCAGCGAUGUCCAGUAUCUGGAUCCUAAUCAAGUCAAACAAGAGAAAAGUGCAAAAGCUGCUGUGUUUGCUUUGUUGAAGGAGGAAACCGAACUACAUGCAAAAGCAAGCGGAGGUUCGGCCAACACAUCAACUUCUUCGGCAUCCAGUUUGUGUUUCUCAUCAGUAUCCUAUGAUCAAACAGUUGACUGCACUGAGACAGCCCCUGAAAAGGAAAGGCACCAGUUUUCUGUGUGGGUGUCUUUCUAUGAAAUUUAUAAUGAGUCCGUAUAUGACCUGCUGCAGCCUAUCCCCUGUGCCAAGAACAAGAAGCGCAGUGCCCUGAGGGUCUGUGAAGACAGCUCCGGAAAUUCAUAUGUUAGAGAUUUAAAGUGGAUCAAUAUCCAAAAUGUGGAGGAAGGUUGCAGAAUUUUGAGAAUUGGCAAUAAAAACAGAAGUGCUGCUUCCACAAAGUUGAACCAAUCGUCAAGCAGAAGCCAUAGCAUAUUUACCAUCAAACUCUUGAAAGUUGAAGGUCCUGAGGUCCAGAGGAUAUCAGAACUAUCUCUUUGUGACUUGGCUGGCUCUGAAAGAUGCAAUAAGACUAAGACAUUUGGGGAGCGCUUGAAGGAAGCUGGAAACAUCAAUACCUCCCUACUCAUUUUGGGAAAGUGCAUAGCCGGGCUCCGCCACAGCGACAGAAUAAAAAGCAACUACAUUCCCUUCCGUGAGAGCAAACUGACCAGACUAUUCCAGUCUGUGUUCUGCGGGAAGGGCAGGGCCUGCAUGAUUGUCAACAUAAACCAGUGUGCCUCUACCUACGACGAGACUCUUCAUGUCAUGAAGUUUUCAGCUGUUGCCAAGCAGGUCUGCACAUGUGCAUUUCAGGUGGUCCAGAUCAUACCAACAAAGUCCUUGGAGAGCCUGGCCCCUAGACUGAUGGGAAGGGAUGGGAAACCCUUUCUGAAGAAUGGGGUAAUCGAUGGAGAGGCUUUGGACAGUUUCCUUUCAGAGGAAGAGCUCCUGGAUGAGGAGGAUGAAGCAGAGAUGUCCAUUCUGCCCCAGGAGGAGCUCCUGAACAUCAUUGAGAAUCUAAAAGAGAAGUUGCUCACCGAGCGGCGUAAGAACCUGGUCCAGGAGAUUGAGAUCCGGAAAGAGAUGGGCGAUGCCAUGCUGCAACAGCUGAUGGAGAGUGAGGAACUGAGGAGCCGACAGAUAGCAGAACUGAAGGAAGGCUAUGAGGAGAAGCUGGAAAACACCUUUGAGCUCUACAAGGAUGCCCUCAAAGAGCAUGCCUACCAGUGUGCACUUGAGCAGAUAGAGGACCAGUACGUGCCUGUGGAUGAGUUCUUUGCUGAACAGGAAAAAGUUGAGGAGCUCAGGAGAAAGGUGAUGGAGCUGGAACAGAAGCGCCGAGGUUCUACAGAGGCCUCGUCUGUGGCUCUGACUGUGGAGAGCGCCGUUCAGUGCUCCCCAGAUCCCCCAGCACAGGAGGCGCCUCAAGAUUUGGAAAGAUACAAAGCACUUUAUGAGGCAAAAUGUACUGCUGAAAAUCUCUGCGAAAGAAAGGAGGAGACUAUUCAGUCAUUGGAAAGGAAGAUCGAAGAGCUGACAGAAACGCUCCAGGAAGCAGGAGAGAGCUUUCUGGAAAAAUCAGCUGAAAUUGAGACUCUCAAAAAGAGGCUAGCUGACCAGGCACAUGAGAUGGACAGACUGCAGAAUGACUUGGCUGAAAAAGAAAGUUUGGUUUCCUCUCUGAGAGAAGAGCUGACAAAGCUUUCAAAAGAGUCCUCCAGCCAAUCGAAACCCAGGAAAGGCCUUCUGGCUAACAUUAAGGAGUCAGUCACAUCUCCCCGGAAAGGUCCCCUCAGCAGGACCCUGAGGAAGUCUGUAAGGGCCACUACCCCUUCCACCCUGAAGAAGAAGCCCUGCCACUGAGAAGUGGGCUUUUUAUUAUUUGUAUUACUUUUUAAUGUGUA